AUGGAUUCUUCAUUCUUUCAAUACCCAUCUCUUGAAUUCUCAUCUCCAUCAUCCUUCAAUUCUCCCGAGUCAUUGUCCGAGUCAAUCUCUGAGUCGUUAACAUGCAACAUGCUUGGUUUAUAUAACCAAACCCUUCCUUUCAAUGAGAAUGACUCCCAAGAGAUGCUUCUGUAUGGAGUUCUAGCGGAGGCAGGUGGAAGAGAAUCAUCGAUCACGUCCUCAACUCACGCCCUAGAAGAAGACGAAGAACCAAUGAAGGAGAUUAACUAUAGAGGUGUUCGAAGGCGGCCAUGGGGAAAAUUUGCAGCAGAGAUUAGGGAUUCAACGAGGCACGGUUUGAGGGUUUGGUUGGGAACGUUUGAUACAGCAGAAGCAGCAGCUUUGGCCUAUGACCAAGCAGCAUUUGCGAUGCGUGGUUCCAUGGCUGUGCUCAACUUUCCGGUGGACAUUGUGUAUGAGUCGCUUCGAGACAUGAAUUAUGAGUUUGAGGAGGGGUGUUCACCUGUUUUAGCAUUGAAGAAGAGGCAUUCCAUGAAGAAGAAAAGAGUUAGUAGGAAGAAGAAAGCGGAAGAAUUGAGUUUAGACAAUGUGGUGGUGUUAGAAGAUUUAGGUGCUGAUUACUUGGAGGAACUUCUAAGCUUAUCUGAGAGAUCUGGUCCUUGGUGA